AUGGACUCUGACAAUGAAGUUAAAGAGGAUCAUGCUGCAGGUCUAUACAAUGUCAUCACCAAAGAAGCGACACCUUGGAUCAGAUCAGCUUACUUAGCACAAGUAGAGAAAUUAUGUGACUUAUCGAAAGUAGAUUUAUAUCGUACUUAUGAAUUUGGAUUUGAUCCUACAACAAGGGAAUACAAAAUGAUUUGCAUGUGGAGCAUAUCUGGGUAUGAGCUUCCAAAAUUGGAAGGGUACAUGGAGUACACAAUAUACGAAGACGAAGAGGAGAAUUACAAAAUGUGCGAGGCCUUGACUCUAGGCAGCGACACUGCUUGGAGAAGGAUUGAUAAGGUACCACCGUCAGAUAAGUUCUCUAAAGAUCUAUAUGGUUCCGUUUAUGCGAAUGGUUCCAUAUAUUGGAUGUAUUACAAUGAUAUUCGUCCCAUGCUAGUGGCAUUUGAUGUCGGGAGAGAGGAUUACAGAGUUAUACCAGACCUUGAUAUGAUUGGUAUUGAUCGGCCUAACUCUUAUUAUCUUAUGGAAUUGGAUGGGCAUCUAGUUAUAGUAAAGAACCCAGAUAAUCACACUGUCAAUCUUGAUCAUACAUAUUAUCCAUAUAGAGAUAUCAAUGUGUUUGUUGUGAAUAGUAAACUUAAUUUGCUAUUCCCUCACAUGGAUAGAGAUAGAAUUGACCUUAAGGAAUUUGAGAAGAUGUUGCGUGUUAAGUUGAAUCUUGAUGAAACAGAAAUUCCAAAUUUAUAUUGGACCAUAGACCCAUGUCUGCCUGAGUAUUUGGUUACAAAUGAAGACUUGUUUAAAUUUUGGGAGCAUGCUGUACCUGAUGAUAAAGGCUUCAUAUGUUUACAAAUGAGUGUAAUGAAUUCAGAAUUUAGGAAUGAUAAUGACUUCAUUAAGGCUGCAAUGGAACAACCAGUAGUAACAAUUGAUGAGACUCCUAAGAAGGCACCUAAGAGGAUUGCUAAGAAGCCAGUUUCAAAGGAAAAGUCAGUAAAGAUAUCACCUACAAGGAGAUCACCAAGGUUGCAUGCUCAAUCAAAGAAUGAAAACUCAAAUGGAGGAGCAUCUAGGAAGUUGUUGUUCAUGGAUCUGUUAAAUGAAGUGGAAUCUCAGGGUUUUUCUUGCCUAAGUCAAGCCACUGUUGUUGGUUCUAGCAGGGAUAAGGCUAAUGCAGGGGAUAAGACUGAUACAGGGGAUAAGACUGAUGCAGGGGACAAUAGUGAUGGUGAUGAUGAGGACAAUGUGGUGCUAGAGAACACUACUGUAGAUGAAUGUCACCCCAUUGAAGACCCAAAUGCUCCACCAAUCUUUGACAGUGAUGAAGAAAAUGAUAUUGAUUAUGAAGAUAUUGUCAAGACAUACAAAGUUGGAGAUGAAAGCAGUGAUUCAAGCAGUAGUGAAGAAGACAAUGAAGAAGUUUCUAAUGAUGACAAGAAUAAUGAUAAGGAUAAUGAUGGUCCUGAAGUAAAUGAUGAUAAAUAUUCCAAACCAAAGCUUGAUUACCAGAAGUGGAAAGAAAUGUUCAAUAUGCACAGUGAUGAAGAAGAAGAACCAUUAUUCCCUGUAGAAGAAGAGGUGACUCCUGUUGAUCCUACUAAGAUGGAGGUAAAGUAUGCUUUUAAUAACAAGAGUGCUUAUAAGAAACAUCUUAGGGGUUACUGUGUAAAACAUAAUUAUCAGUAUACGGUCUAUAAGAGUGACAAAACAAGAUUAAGAGUGAGAUGUAGGUUUAGGGAAGAGUAUGGCUGUAACUGGUUUGUAAAUGCUAGCAUAAAAAGGCAUGAGCCUACUUUUAUUGUUAGGAAGGUUAAUCUAGAACACACUUGUGUUGCGGAUCCAAAGAGUUUUAACAGAUCCACGGAUCCUGAGUUCGUAAAAGAUGUGGUACAUGAGAAGUUAAAGCAGACAGCUGGGGCCUUAAUUCCAAAGCCUAAACACAUUGCAAGAGACUUUUUUGUAACUCAUAACAUCAAUAUACCUUAUAUUUGUGCAUGGAAGGCUAGAAAUCUUCUUUUAGAAGAUCUGUUUGGUAAUUAUGAAGACAGCUACAAGGAUGUACCCAUCUUUUGUGCAAUGGUGGCUCAUACUAAUCCAGGGUCUGUUGCUAAAUACACUUAUGGGAAAAGAGAUAAGACAUUCAUGAGCAUGACUAUUUCAUUUGCUGCACCAAUGAGAGGAUUUCAGAAAGCUUGCAGGGGAGUCAUAGGUUUAGAUGCAUGCCAUCUAACUGGAAAGCGUGGUGGUGUUCUAAUGGCUGCAACAGCAAUUGAUGGUCAGAAUUCUCUGGUGCCUUUAGGCAUUAAGGUGGCUAAGAGUGAAACCAAGGAGAGCUGGACUGGGUUCCUCAAGGAUUUGGCUCCAGCAAUCAAUGCACAUCAUGCUGGCAGAAUUACCUUUAUUUCUGAUAGGCAAAAAGGGUUGUUGGAAUCUGUUCCAAAGGUUUUCCCUGGUGCAAGAGUUAGAUAUUGCUUCAGGCACUUGUACAAGAACUUCAAGAAGUACCACAAGGCACCAACCUUGCACAACUUAUUGUGGAAUGCAUGCAAAGCUUACAAAGUGAGGCAUUUUCAGGAGCACUUUGACAACAUAUGCAAAGAAAGUCCGGCUGCUGGUGAAUAUCUUAGGAAAGAAGAUCCAAGUACUUGGUCUAGGGCUUAUUUUGAUCCCCUUAGCUGUUGUGAGCAUAUGAAUAACAAUUUCUCAGAAUCAUUUAAUUCUAUGAGUUCUAAUAUGAGAGAUAAACCAAUAAUCCAACUAGGCAUGAUGUAUGGUCAGUUAGUAAUGGGUUUGUUAUUUAAGAGAAGGGAAGAAUCUGCUAAGUGGAAUCAAAAUGAUUUGGUCCCUGCUGCUGUUAAGUUGAUAAAUAAGAUGCUUGACUUGGUUGGGAAGUUUGAUACAGAAGGAAGUGUGGUUGGACAGGUUUAUUUGGUAACUAAUGUGUCUACCAAGAAAAUUUUCACAGUGAACAUUGUAGACAAACAAUGCACUUGUUUGCAAUGGCAGCUAAGGGGAUUCCCUUGUCAACAUGCUGUAUGUGCAUUGAAACUGCUCAGGCCAAACUGGAAAGAUUAUUGUGCUCCUUACUACUCUGUGGAAUAUUAUAGGACCAUAUAUGCAGAUGCUGUAAAUCCACUAGAAGACAUAAGUGAAUGGAACUGGGAAGAUAAGGCAUCCAUGGACAUCAACUUAAAGCCUCCUCCUUAUCAAAGAAAAACUGGAAGACCAGCAAAGAAGAGGAAGAGGAGCUAUGAUGAACCUGAAACUGUGGUGAAGAAAAGGAAAUGUGGAAAGUGUGGAUCUACUGCUGGUCAUAAUAAGAGAACCUGUGCUGGUGGUGAUGUUGGUAAAAACCCAACUGGAUUCAUGCCAAGCACCGAGUAUGAUGCUGCAAACUGCACCUUCACUAGUAGAGAUCAUCCUGAAAGUAGCAGUGCAAGGGGUAAAGCAAAGGUGAACAAAUCCAGAGGUACAUCUUCAUUUGUUGGUGAGUCAACAGGACCUAAAAACUUUGGAAGAGCACCAGCAGAACCUAGCACCCAUGGAUCUACACAAGAUGUUCUGAAUUUCAGUCAGAACUUUAUUGGUAUUGGAUCUGUUAGUCAACAUAUUCCUGUCACAAAGGGAAAGAAAAGCAAGGCUAAGAAGAAGUAG